ACUACAUCAGCAACCUGAGUUUUGCUUAUUUAAGUUUUAUGCUGGUGAUUUAUAAAGUUAUAAAUUUCGGUGAAACCACUUUUGGUAGAACUGUUUGCUAACCGACUUCGACCUGUUAGCAGCAAAUUAAUCUAUCGCAUUCGUUUUAAGUUUUAAUUUUGACUUUAAGAAACUUUAAGGUUUUAUUGCAUAUAACGCCAUUAACGAGGACGGUAGCACUGCUACACGGUGGAGAAUUGAACAAAAAUAAAAAAAAGUAUAAAGUGCUGUGAGCUUGCAAGGAAUAUAGAAGAAGCUAUAGAAACACUUCAGGACAUUUGAGAGCAUUUGAAAUAAAAGUGCAAGUGAUUAACAUCUACUGAAUGUUUAAAUAUUGUGAAGUGAAAAAUAAAUAGAAAAUUAAAAUUUUAUUUAAUGUUUAUUUGACAUUGAUGUCUCUGGAAGGACUUUUUUCAAAGUUAAAUUAAUAUUUAGAAUAUAAAAAAAAGUAAUAAUCAAAGAUGGCUCCAAACAUAAUAGGGAACUCAUUCAUCUUAGCAGAAGCCUCUUUGAAUUCUGAUGAUGCAAAUAACAACAACAAUAGCAUUGCAAAUAAGAAUAAUAACAACAACAGCAGCAGAAAACGCAACUCUUUAAUAUGCAAUGGAAGUAGUACGAUUCCCAAUACAAAUGAUCGCGUUCCCGGUCUGGGCGAUCCGAUUGUUGGUAAAGAUUACGGAAAUGCCGCCAUUGCCACUACCGCUGUCUCAAACAAAGCAGCAGCAGAAAAACCAAAGAAAGAAUAUCGCUUGGAAAUCGUCUGGCGUAAUGUUGUUAUUUUUGCCAUUCUUCAUAUGUUCGGAUUGUACGGAUUGUAUUUGAUAUUCGCUGAGAACGCCUAUUUGGCAUAUAUGUUUGGUUAUGUUUUUGGAACCUUUGGUGGUUUCGGUAUCACAGCUGGAGCUCACAGACUCUGGUCACACAGAGCCUACAAAGCCAAAUGGCCCAUGAGGGUAUUCCUGAUGAUCUGCCAAUCGAUUGCAUUCCAAAACAGUAUCUACGAAUGGGUUCGUGAUCACCGAGUUCAUCACAAAUUCACUGACACCCAUGCCGAUCCACAUAAUUCGCGACGAGGAUUCUUCUUCUCGCACAUGGGUUGGUUGAUGUGCAAGAAGCAUCCCGAUGUCAAGGAGAAGGGCAAACAAAUUGACAUGAGCGAUUUGGAGGCUGAUCCAAUAGUCAUGUUCCAGAAGAAGUAUUAUUUCUACAUUAUGCCACUGUGUUGCUUCAUCAUGCCCUCGUUGAUUCCGUACUUCUAUUUCGGAUUCUCAAUUAAGGUGUGCUUCUUCACCUGCUCCAUGCUUCGUUACGUUCUCUCACUCCACUACACUUGGCUGGUGAAUAGUGCUGCUCACUUUUAUGGCAUGAAGCCGUACGAUAAUUUCAUCUCAUCGACCAACAACAAGAUUGUCUCAAUAUUGGCUUACGGUGAGGGAUGGCACAACUAUCACCAUGUCUUCCCCUGGGAUUACAAAGCAGCUGAAUUGGGAACGUACACUUACAAUUGGUCAACAGCUUUAAUUAACUUCUUUGCUAAGUUUGGUCUUGCCUAUGACCUCAAGACCGUCUCAGAAGACAUGAUCCGCAAGAGGGUUCUACGAACUGGUGACGGAAGUCAUGUCUACUCAAGGAAUGACUUAAAUAACAAUUCGAUGACGGAAGAUAUGAUUCUUCAGCUUAACCACGACAACGAGGAUAACCUUGUUUGGGGUUGGGAUGACACGGAUAUGCGUAAAGAUGACCGUGAAGGAGCCAAUAUAAUUAAGAAAGAAAUAUGAUUAACCGGGCUAUAAAUUGCGGCUAAGAGUUCUUUUUUUGUAUUUUGUUAACGUUCUCUUGUAAAUAGUAUAGGUUUAGUUUGAGUUUUUAGACGGAGUUCAAUAUGGGUUCAAGUUUAUUACUUGGGUUUGUAAUGUGGGAAGUUAUAUGUAAUAAUUUAAGCUAUUAUGGUGAUUUGUGAUAAAAUCACUGAAUUAAUAAUAAUUUAAGGCUGUAGUCCUUAAACGAACAUUAUUUCAUAUUAUAAUGGAAAUACGUACGAUGUAAGAGUAUAAGAAAUAUUAAAGAUGUUUUUUUUUACUAUUAA